AUGAUUAAAGUAACAUCACUGCAGAUAUUCGGAACAUUAUGGAUAAAUUUACGCAUCUGGGAGAGUGCAGAUAAAAUUGUCAAAGGAAAUUGUCCAAGUGAUACUAACAUUGACGAAAUAAGCAGUUAUGUCAAUGCUAUAGUUAGUUGGACAGAAGAAUGCGAAAUCAAGUUGAAUAAUUGCAACGACGUAGAGUUUUAA